GCCGCAUAGAGAAUUGAAAAAACUGGGGCUUUCUCUGUUAAAUCGUUUCUUGUUUAAAUCUUAAAUAAGCUGCAAAUUAGAAUGGACUGCGAAGAAAAGGAAAAACAGAACAAUAAUUUUGUCUCGUUGCAUGGCAGGGAAUCGCUGUGAAUGGCAAAUCGGACCAAUUGACAAGCAAAAGCCAAUCAGUUUCGAACCCUAGGAACAUGUCAUGCAAACAUCUUGCUAAUUUGAAAUUACUGCUAUUUGUUUUAACAUCUGUGGACCGCAGCUUAGUUGGUCUUUUUAUGUUUCUGCAAGGAAGAUGCGAAUGUUUUUCGCAUUGGUUUUAUUUUUAGCCAUUUUUAUCUCAGUCAAUGGAGAUAGCAUUGACGAAGAGGAAGAGAAACUUCCAACCAAGUGUCAUGGUAAGCACGAAUCACGAAUAUUUAAGCUUAAGCUUGAUAAUUUAAACAUUCCCAAGGAAAUAAGCGGUUUUUGAGGAUCAUCUCGUUUACAUCAUGCAUCCCCUGAAACGAAGCUUCUAGACAUUCUCUCUUUAAAAAACGCGAAUUUGAACCUUGUUCCAUAAUUUGAUCUCCCAAAACUGCAAAAUAUUUAUUUGAUUCGCGGGCUUUUGGCUUACGCGACAGCUGGUGCAGCUGGGACAAUAACACGGGUUAAAGAUAGCUUCGGUCCUUCCUGACUAAAUGCUAUGCUUCAAAUUUUACAUUUACUUCAACAAACCCACUUUUAUUAAAAAAAAUCAUUUUCUGAAGUUAGAUUUGUCUCUUUUGUGAACAAAUGAUGAUUCGUCUGUGAACUAUUUUGUGCAAGACUUUAUAUUGUCAAUGACCGACGUAUCUAACCGUUUGAUUUUCUUUAUUCAAAUGAUUAAGCUAAAACCAACUUGCCAGUUAAGCAAUAAUGUAAAAAUCCAAUCCGUUCCCACACCCAUUGCCCCCUCCACUUUCCAGACGUUCAUUUAUUUUUUUCAGCUUUGGAAAUGUGCAGCAUUUUAAUCUUUGAAGAUACAAAAUUGAUAUUUUGGGCGAGAACAAUGAUAUUCUCAACUCAUCUGCAUGCAAACUCAUUUCCUUAUACCAUAUUGAGAUUAAUGUCAGUGGUAGGUACAUAAUUGAACACUUAUUAAAACACUUAAAAUCCAGUUUGCUCAUGCUCAAAGGUUCAGUGUCGUGGUUCCAAUCUCUGAUUGGCUGAAGUUAAAGCUUAUUACAUGAACAGGUGAAAAAUAUGCAUUCUAAUCAAAAAAGAGCUAAGUUCCCUUUUUUGUUUAUGAGAUCUAAGUUGGUGGUUUGUCACACUAUGAAAAUACAAGUGAAACUUUUUUGCAUUAUGAUGAAUAUGGGCACUAGUGUGUAGGCAAUUAAAACUUUGUUUAAGUGCAUCAGUGAUGCAUAUUGUGUAAAAGACUGUCACUAGGUUUUUCCCUACUUUGUAUAAGCUGUGUUGGAAACAGUUUUUACCUUUAGUUUUUUAUUACUACCAAAUGACAAUUAAACUAUUCUGCUUCGAUUCAUGACCACUAAAGAGCUUUGCCAACUGUCUCAAACAACCAUAUCUACCACUUAGAUUUCUGAACCACCUGCCCCUUAAGCAGUUCAGCUCCUCCUUGUAAAUACUCCUUAAACUCUUUAUCAUAAAAAGGGUAAAUGUUAGUGGGACACACAGGCUGAUCUGUGCAAAGAAAACUUUGGCACUCUUUUUUAUUAUCAGCCAACAAAUAUUGGUAUCUUUAUUUUAAAAAAAACACACACACACACUUACAAUUCUAAAAACACCCAUUUACUUUUAAAUUUAGUCUGUAAACACCUGGUGCAAGAAUUAGAAGAUGAACUCGAGAGAUCUGGAAAGUCAAAUGAAAUAUUCCGAACAGGGCAGAUAUUUCAGGAGCAGCGCAAAGAAAUAAGCUACAGGAAAUCGUAAGUGCUUUGGAGCUUUAACGCCCACACUAGUGCUAUUUUUUCGAUUAUACCAGUUAUGUCUGUUUUGUUUCAUUGGGAGAUUAUCUGUACCAGCUGGAAAAUUAAGGUGGCUCUGAACCCGCUUAAAAAACUUUGUAAAAGUUGUAUGUUAUCAUGCUAAUCACAAUUUGGAAAUUUAAAAAAGUAAUCACCAGGGACAUGAUUUUGAUUUAUUAGCACUGAAAUUUAAAUUGAGAUGUGUUUCAACAGGUUGUAAUGUUACUAUGGUAACCUAUUACAUCCCAAAAACUGCCAUAUGCAAUGAAUGCACUUUCUUUUAUGUCUGAUUAUUGCCUCUUCUGUGAAAGACAAUAUUGAUCCAUCAAAGUAAAGUAUUAAAAAUGUUGGAAACUGUUGCAAGCCACCGUGCGACAUUUGUGAUACAAAUAUCUUGUGACAAACAAAAUAUAUAGUGAUAGGCACUUCUCCUUUCAGUGAAGUGCGACUGAAUGAAGCUCUUGAGAAUGCUUGCGCAAAAGUGUUGGACUACAAGGUACACAAGGACAAGAUCAAAGCAUUGCGAUAUGAGAAAAGUAUGUUAAAUUUUUAUAUAAUUAAUAUUAUUUGUCUUUUUUCUUUGCUAGAAAGUGGUGUUUUGGAUCAAUUGUAUUUGUUCUGUAUGGAAGUCAGGGACUUAUGCCAUGGGAGGGGAUGGCUAAUUGACCCAUUUAUAUCCUAACUGACCCUUUUCUGGGACCAGGCUCUGAACAGGAGUAAAAGGGCUUUAAAAAAUUGCUAGCUAUGACAUAACUACAUGAUGAUGUAGUAUGAUGAGCCCUUUCCCUCUUUCCAAUCCACCACUUAGCUUGCUUCACUCAAUAAUUUAUGUAGUUAAAUUUGGCGGAACCAAAUGAAGUGGCAGUGGCAGAGAAUGUAAAUACUUUCCUAUUGGAAUGAAUGCUCGUGAGCUGUUAUGGCAUUAAUUGACUCUAUGGUUGAAAGUUAUAGAAGGUUUUGACAGUUGUAAUGUAUUCAUCUCGGCUCUCGAACUUACAACUUUUAUUUUUUAUAUCUUUCUUUAUCUACUGAUUGAUUUUUUACCUUUAACCCCCAGAGGUUGUGCGACUGCAUUGGUUGGGGAAUUCAUAUGCUCCCAAUUUUUCCCAUUGGGUUUUUGGGUUUGCUAAUCAGGCAGCACACAUGACUAGCUUAGCCUGAGUGACUUUGAAGAAUAUUUGUAUAUCAUUCUUUGGUUAUGAUGUUGAACUUUGUAUGUUAUUGGGACGGCAUUAAACACUCAGGCUCACAGUUCAAGCUGCACACCCACUCCAGUCACCUAGUCGUGAAUAUAAAUAGGAAUUGCUGUUUCCCUGUUUUUUACUGCCAGUUCCUUUUUUCCUCCCCCCCGCCCCCCCCCCCCCCUAAUAUGGAGCCUGGUUCCAGACUAAACUGACCCUGAUGACUGCCCCAUCCAUUCCCAUGUGACCAGUCAUUCAAGUUGAUCUAGCUAACCCAAAAGACCCAUCAGGUCUCAGUUCUUCAAAGGGUGGAUAGUACUAUCCAGUGGAUAAUUCAGCUUUCAUUCGUUUUCCCUAAUACCUUGGAAGUUGUCCCAUGGAUGGGGAUUUAUAUGUUGGAAAGUGCCAUUUUAAGCUCAUUUCUGAUUUUCGCGUAUCCUAGCAGUAGAAACUCACGUCCUACAGUUCAUUAUCCAUUGCAUUCAAAUAUGCUGUUGCGAUAUAUUAAACAAAUUAAUUUGAAUUGUUCAGAGGAAAGUGUAACAUUUAACACUCUAAGAGGUCUUAGGGAUCGUGGUGUAAAGGUAGAACUUGGAUUUCCUGAUGAGAUGUGGGAAACGCCCGAUGCGGAAGUGACACGACUUAAGAGCAGGGUAUAUAUCUUUAUAUUAGAUGCUUUAAGUGUUAUAUUUAUUCUUUGGCUAAUCUUUCCUAGCGAAUAGAGAGAGUAAACCCGCUGUUUUUGCUCGGCCACGCUCGUUUCAUCACCUUUCUUUCACGCUCCCAAAGCUGAAAUCAUAGAAUACACAAGUGCGCGGAAAGUCAUCUCGCGCAAGGGCGCUCUUUGCGUGAUGUGAAGAGAAGUGAUUGGCGUAUGUCUCUCACUCUAGGAAAAUAAGGAGUUAAAUAAGUAUUUACUCGUAGUCUUCCUUUAAAACACCAUUGAAUUCCGAACGUAACGGCUCCCGGAGAUUAAAGGUUAUAAUUAAUUUUGUUGGACUCUGCUAGAGGUCUACAGAUCUUAGAAAAACGCUAGAUAACCAACUGUAUUCUGUUAAAAGCAACUGCUUAGCAGGCAGCAACAGCUUUAUAGAAUUGAAAUGUUUACAACCCAAUUACAAUGAAUUCAAAUUUGAAAGGCAAAAUUACACCGCUCCCACACUGCAACUGCCAUUUUUUUAAUGAAAUGGCCAUUGUUUUUCUAUAGUGCGAGCUCAUGGUGGAGACGUACGAAGAUGACCUGGUCGAGUGGUACUGGAACCAUCAGAACGAAAACUUGACAAACUGGUUAUGUAUUGAGAGGGUACUGGACCCAGGAGAGGAGGGUAAGAAAGCCAUGAUGUUCAGCUUUUGGUUUUUAUCUGUGAUUGGUUGAGAAAGUGGCGCGAGAUUUCAGCCCAUCACAAAGCUUAGGGUGCGUUCGAUUGAUGAUAGUCUGGACUAAGAAUACGCCAAAGUUUUGCUGCAAAUCUCUUGUUCCGAUGCUUUCAGUGCCACUUAAGCCCUACGAUCAUCGGGAUAUGUUAUUGCAAGCAGAUUUCUAGUUAUUAAAAAGUAAUCAACGCCAAAACGAGUGAUUUCAAGAGUUUAUGUUAUUUCUGAUUCUUAUUCCGGAAUACGGUCAAUCAAACAGGCCCUUAGUAUAAAUGCUGUACUAGGUUAAAUGCAAACGCAAUUGCGAAAUUACUGUCGAUACCCAAUAGGCCAGUUUCGAGUUAUUAACAUUCAGCUCCUAGCUUGAAGGUUGAGGGGAAUAAAACAAAAUAAAUGAAUUAAGAUUUUUGUCCUUCGGAGAUCCUCUCAGGUAAUUUUUUGUUAUCAGGGAUAUUCUUGGACUUCUUUAUGUUAUAGAUUGCUUUAAUGAAACUGAACCGGAGAAGAAAGGUGGAGAGGAAGAAGGCUCGGACAAGCAAGAAGAGGAAGAAGAAGAUAAAUUGGUGAAUGAGGAAAACAGCGAAGAAAACAAAAGAAAAGAAACCAGCAAAAAGGAAAAGAAAUCGAAGAAAAAGGCUCCUGAAGAAAAGACUAAACAUGCUAAAAAAGGUAACAGCGAAGGGAAACAGGAGAGCCAAAGCGAAGAUGACUCUGAGAAGAUUCAACGUCUUAUAAGAGAGCAGGCGAAGGAACAGCAGGAAGGCAGAGGGAGCAGAAAAAAACCGCCGUUUGUAAGCGGACGAAUGGAUGAACAUAAACGGCGUGAGUUGCAAUUGAGACUUCGAGAAAUCCACGAUGUCGAUCGUCUCAGACGUGAGCUUCGGAAGAUCCGAACGAGAGAAAUGAGCGAAGACGAUUACCUCGAGCGAGAGCCGUGGGAACAUGACAUAGACUCGGAUAUUCCCGAAGAUGUCCGAAGAGACAUGCGGCGGCGUCGAUUUGAGCGAAUGGACGACCCCGAGGACUUGAAGCGAGAACUGCGUAGGCGCGUCAUUGACCUCGAUGACAUUGAUGACGAUGAUUAUUUUCCAGGAAAGAAUUCGUUUGUUUUUCGAGAAUUAAGCCACCGUUAUAUGAUGGAGGCAGAAGAAAUCCGUGAUCCCACAGAGCUGAAGAAGCGAAUUGACGACAUUGAUGCUUUUGCUGCAAUAUUCCAUGGUGGACGCGAUCAUAGGCACUUUCGCGAUCGGUAUAGACGUCAUCAUAGAGAUGAACUGUGACUAGCUUUUACCACAGGAUGGGUUAAAUCUUUGUCAUUUCUAAAAUAGGUAUGUGGUACAGGGAUACCAUGCAGACUAAUGUAAAAGGAACGCGUGAUGUAAACGUAAAUGAAGCCCACAAAUAAAAUAUGUGUUUAUAUGUUAUAGCCCACUAGUAGCAAAACUCGCGGGCUUUUUGUCGGCAAAAAAGGAUUCAAGUCUAGCUUUAACUAGCUAAAAGUUUUUUGUUCUCGAUAUUUUUGACCAACUAGUUGGAUUUUACUAAAACAAU